AGUCGAGAGGAGCUGUGAAGAAGAGUUUACGAAACGCAAAAGCUGAAAUCGAAUUUUGAUCACAAAAAAAAAAAGCGAAUCGCGAUUCCGAGCUCACUGAAUCUAAUGGUGUCUCUAAACGCUAGACCUGCUCCGUUCUUCGAUCCCGUGAGCAUGAGUUUACCUGGUCUCGAUUCGAGGGCGUCGGACUCCGACGACGGGUUUGGUUUGACUCCGAUCGCAAGGAGAGACACGGCGACGUUUCGCGAGGAUACGACGGCGAAGAUUCGGAAGCCUUACACGAUCAAGAAGUCGAGAGAGAACUGGACAGAGCAGGAGCACGAUAAGUUUCUAGAAGCUCUCCACUUAUUCGAUCGAGACUGGAAGAAAAUCGAAGCAUUUGUUGGAUCAAAGACAGUCGUCCAGAUACGUAGCCACGCACAAAAGUACUUUCUCAAAGUUCAGAAGAGCGGUGCUAACGAACACCUUCCUCCUCCACGACCUAAGAGGAAAGCUAGUCAUCCUUAUCCUCACAAGGCUCCUAAAAAUUUUGCUCUUCCCUCCCACGCUGUUGGAUCUCUUCCUGCUUCAAGCGCACCCUUGGUUCAACCUGCUUAUUUGUACAGCUCUUCUUCUGAUUCACACUCACUUGUGGGGAAUCCUCCUCCUGCGUCUAGCUCUUCUUCUUCUCAGAAUCAUGCAUUAACAACAAAACCGGUGAUUCAAGAGGAACCAGGAGUCUUGGCCGCGGCUCUCCCAAAGAAUCGCUGUUGCAGCACUGGUAAUAAGGAAGUUACGCCGAGAUUACCAGCGGUGACUGAGUCGAAUGAUGAUGAUGAUGAAGAUAGUUGUGGAAAGCCACGUAGAGUGAUGCCCAACUUUGCUGAAGUCUACAGAUUUAUUGGAAGUGUGUUUGAUCCCAACACAUCUGGUCACCUCCAGAGACUAAAGCAGAUGGAUCCAAUAAAUAUGGAGACGGUUCUUUUACUGAUGAGAAACCUAUCUGUAAAUCUGACAAGUCCAGAGUUUUCUGAACAAAGGAAGUUGAUAUCAUCAUACAGCAGUAAAGCUUUGAAAUAGAUAUUUGGAAAAAGCAACAAUGGACCUUAAGAGAGCAAGAAAUUCUCAUUCAUUGGAUGAGCAAAUGAAUGCCACUUAAGUUCUGGUUUAUGUCUUUGAAGUCUUAGUUAACCGCAGUGGUUUGUCCUAUAUUGUCUAUAUUCGUAUGAGUGAUAGAGAGGGUUUUGCAGAGGUAUAAUAUAUAUGUAUAUAUGUAUAGAUAUGUGUUUAUAAGGGCAAAGUUUGUAAGCGACUUUCUUAAGUUUGGAUCAAUCUCAGGAGGUCUUAAGUUUCGAGUCUCUGUAAAGGCGCAAAAUAGUUUUUUUUUGGGGAAGUUGAGAUAGAGUGAGAAAUGAGAAUAAUAAGAAGAAAAACUUUGAGUCA